GUUUUAUCUCAAUUUAUUUAUUAUAGUAGUUCAGCUUUUCUUUUUUCUUCAUUUUAUGUAUAACUACCCAUAUACUAUGCCGGCAGUCCCUUACACAUGGUUAGUAAAGCACACCCAUACACACACACCCUUCACAUUCAGUCCUAGACAAGGCCCAAUCCUUCAUAUACACAAAACAGCAUAAUCACGCACAGACUUGGACGAGGAAAACACACCUCUGCCACAACAAACCCCCAAGAAGAAGAAAACACACCUCUGGCUGUUUCCUCAACAUCUUCACUUCUGCUCAUGAUGAGGUGACCUAGGGGGAACUGCCAGGAUGAUGCAUUACCUUCUCAUAUCUAAGGAUGGUAGUGUGCAGUUUUCCCACUACUUCACCCACAGCAGCCCCUCCAGCCGCCCCACCACAGAGGCCCGGGUCAUUGCAAAGUGCACAAAUGCUGACAAGGAUGCUUGUCACUUCCUGGAAGAUGGGCCACACACUCUCGUGUUCCGCUGGUUUGGACCCUGCAUGUUCGUUGUUGCAGCUGACCACUCAGAGAAUGAACUAAUGAUCUAUGAGUUCUUGAGCUUGUAUGUCAAUGCUCUUCAUAAAUACUUUGGCAAAUUUUCUGAGAAGCACAUCCUCCUCAACAUUGAACGACUCCACAUGGUUUUGGAGGAGAUGGUGGUGGCAGGAGAGCUACUUGAACCCUCUAUUAGAAAUGCUCUGAGUCCCAUACAGAUGUUAGAUACUAUCUCCUCCAGAUAAUGCACCCCUGUGUGUGUGUGUGUGUGUGUGUGUGUGUGUGUGUGUGUGUGCUGGGUGGGAAAAAAGUAGGUAGAUGGAUGUGUGUGAAAGAUGGCAUGAGAACCAAUUGUUGUAUAGUUAUUCUAGUCUUUUCUCUCCAAGAUGUUUGAAAUAAUUUCUCUUUGGAUACAAACUGUUAGGUUUGUAUCAAACUAAACUCUUCAUGUUAGACUAUUUGCAAGCUUGUUUUUAUAGUAAUAUAUUAAUUUAUGUUUAUAAACCCAAAUGUAAAGGAUUUCAAAUACUGUAUAAUUUAUUUUGUAAAUUACAUUGCACGUAAUCUUGUAUACAGUAGCAGGUACAGCAACAUGUUCCUUCAGGUUUUCAUGCUACAUUAUUAAAUCAUUUGUGGCAUCUACUUAGCUAUUUAUAUAAAAAGCAACAGUGACUAUUGCUUCAGUUUACUCUGAAUAAAAAUUGUAACAAAAUGUUUAAAUAUUUAAAUUUUAAACUUUUACACAAUUAUACACUAAAAAGUUCUAAGAUAUUAAUAUUAUUUUAUUAAAGUAGGAAACUCCAUCAAUGACAUUUAUUCAAAUAAAUUCAUUUAGUUUGUGCAGAAAACUGCAAAUCACAGAUUACAUUUGUUCAUUAUUCUAAUGGACACCAUACAUAAUAUGUGGCCAUUGCUUGGUUGAGUUGCUUAGACCUAAUUCUCUCUAUUUAUUAUCCAUUGUAACAUGAACCACAAAUUCCUGUGCUUUACAUUUGUUGGUAUGGUGAUAUAAUUCAUGCAUGGCAUACUAACAUGUAGUUGUGCUGUUAUUUAAAUUAAAUUAGCUACCUAUGCAUAUUCUCACCUAAAGUAAUAUCACACUCAAAAUUUUCUUCAUCUCAUUCUUCUGCUCUCCCAUGCCAGACUUUUGAUAACCACCAUGUUUUUUGCAUGUCAGAAUCUCUAACAGUGACUUGGUUGCUGAAACUUUCCCCAUUUUGUUUUUCCAGAUGUUGCAAGCUUUGUCAUUGAACUAAGCAUCCAUACUUUUAUACUUAUAUAUUUAUUACUAUCAAUUGAGAAAAUAUGACUUUAAAAGAGCCUCUUAAGUGUACAUUUUUUUGAAGAGAUAAAACAAUAAACAGUAAUGCCCAAA